CCAUAUCCCGAUCCUCCGCGGAGCAGCUCGUUCGUCGUAGGCGUCCCACAUAAAACCGGGCCUGUCUAAUGUUCUUCACGUCAGUCAGUUCUGCAUACCACCGUUUACACAUUUCGAGUCCUGUAACUAUCCACACGCUGCUGCCGACAUGCCUUUGAAGACCGACACCGCUUCCGACUCCAAGGAUGCUGCCAUCCUGGGAACCUCCGUCACACUUCCCAGCGGGCUGGUCUUGCCAAACCGUUUUGUGAAAGCUGCGAUGGCCGAAGACCUCUCCGCGGAGAAAGACGGGCACCAGCCGAACAAGUUGCACGCAUCCGUCUAUCGAGAAUGGGGAAAUGGAGGAUGGGGUCUGCUAAUCACGGGCAACGUUCAAGUGGACCCGACUCACCGCGGAUCAUUGGGGGACACGACAGUUGAAGAGGCGGACUUGACGAACCCAGCCUCCCUGCAGCGCUGGGAAACGUGGGCCAAAGCAUGCAAAGGAGACGGCGCCGUGCCCACUCCAACCAUCGUGCAACUCUGCCAUACCGGGCGCCAGAGUCCUCGCGGUGCCGGCAGAUCAGUGUUUACGCCCAACAAGUCCGCCAGCGAUGUUCGGUUAGAGUUUGGACCGGGGAUCGUUAAUGAACUGGCUUCCAAGAUUGUGUUUGGAACACCGAAAGCGAUGUCGGAACAAGAGGUGCAGCAGGUGGUUGCUCAGUUUGCAGUUGGUGCGCAGAUGUGUCAUCUCGCUGGCUUCGCUGGGGUGCAGCUUCACGCUGCUCACGGCUACUUGCUAGCGCAAUUCAUGUCACCAAAGACAAACUUGAGGAAAGACCGCUACGGUUUCCACAACCCCACGAAAGGCUUGCAGCUCUUGUUCGAAAUCAUCGACCGCAUUCGAGAAAAGCUACCGCGCCAUUUCACGAUCUCCAUUAAACUCAACAGCAAAGACUACGUCGAUGGAGGAUUGACCGAAGAGGACGCAUUGGAGCAAGUCCGAAUGAUCAUCGCGCAUGGUGGCGUCGAUUUCAUCGAGAUCAGCGGCGGAACUUACGAAGCACCGAGGAUGUUGUCCGCGUUGGAUGUAGAGAAACCCCUCAACAGCAAUGGGUCACCUAAGCCCGUCAAGCCGCGAGAAGCGUUCUUCACCAACUUUUCUCGCAAAGCGCGUGAGGCGUUCCCGGAGUACAUCUUCAUGGUCACCGGAGGGUUCCGAGACCGCGUGGUUAUGGCCGAAGCUGUGUCCAGCAACGCUUGCCAGUUGAUUGGGCUGGGACGCCCGGCGGCACUGUACCCGGACUUGCCUCGGAGAUUGUUGCAGGAAGGCGUGGAGGGAUUCUCCCUGACCCGAGUACCGCCUUACAGGGUUAAAGGAAUUGCUAUCUACGAAAAGAUCCUCUCGUUCGGGCCCGUGGGAACCGGGCUGAUGACGAUGUGGCAUCAGUGGCAGAUCGCGGCGUUGGCGGUGGGAGAGAAGCCUAACCCUGAUCGAUCGGUUACGGAGUUCAUUCUGCAUCUGAACAAGGGGCCAUUGACGAAACUCUUUCUGCUUGGCGUUUUGGCGAUAUUAGUGAGUUUGGUAUGGCGUUCAAUCCUGUAACCCUUCGUAUAUAGCCUCCUAGACAGCGAUCAUGUUUCCUUCCUGCCCUUCCGCAGGUUGUUCAGGGAUGUUGGCCUUUCAUUUGACCUUUCUCUGCCUUGUUCCCGUAGUACAACUUUGAACAUUUAAUACACACUAAUUGCAACAAAGUACAUACAAUCGCCAUUGAUAGAUCCUUGGAUAUCCACUGACACGUCUUUUGCGGCGUCCUCGUUGUUCCGAAUCUGAAGGGUUGAGGGCGAGGGCGAUCUUAGCGAUACG